GUUCGCCCACGGUCCCUCUUUUCGCCUCAAUAUGACCUCGACGAUCCCGCAGCCGGCAGGGUGGCCGUUCAUAGGCAACAUCUUCGAAAUCGACACCAGCUUCUCCUGCCAGACUUUUCACCGCCUCAUGCAACAAUUCGGCGAGAUCUAUCAACUCAAUCUAAUGGGAAGGCGACUCAUUGUGGUCAGCUCACACGCGCUCUUGAACGAGCUCUCGGACGAUAGAAGAUUCAAGAAGGCCGUCGGCGGCGCCCUGAUGGAAGCACGAAAUCUCCUUCAUGACGGUCUAUUCACUGCUUUCAACCACGAAGCCAACUGGGCAGUCGCGCACCGCCUGCUUUCGCCGUCUUUCCGCCCGUCCGCCGUGCGCCAGACUUUUGACGGCAUGCGCGAGAUAUGCGCCGACCUUGUCGGGAAGUGGGUCAGAAACGACGACCAGGCGCCGAUCGACCUGACAGCAGACUUUACACGUCUGGCUCUGGAUACGAUCGCGUACUGCACGAUGUCCUAUAGGAUGAACUCAUUUGCGACGGACGACCCUCCCCGUUUUAACGAAGCCAUGUCCGCCUUCUUGCUAGAAUGCAACGGUCGGGCCAAUAGGCCCUACCUGAUCAACUUCUUCAUGCGCGGGCGCAACGCAGCGUAUACGUCGAAUAUCGAGUACAUGCGGGGGGUGGCGGAGAAUAUCAUCGCCGAGCGCCGGAUCUCAGGGCGCGAGAAGCACGACCUUUUACAUGCCCUCCUUCAUGGGCGCGAUCCUAGGACGAAGGAGGGGUUAUCGGACCGGGAGGUGGCGGAUAAUGUCCUGACCUUUCUUCUCGCUGGCCACGAGACGACGUCGGCGACAAUGUCCUUUGCGAUCUACUACAUCCUCAAAAACCCAGACGUCCUGCGAAAGCUACAAACGGAGAUAUAUACGGUGGUUGGCGACCAGCCAAUACAGUGCGAGGAUUUGGAUCACUUGCAUUAUUUGACGGCCAUCCUGCGCGAGACGCUGCGAUUGCAGCCGCCCGCGUUCAUCCGCGUAGUCUACUCUGUCGAGGACACGACGAUAGGCGGCGGCAGGUACGCUAUACCCGCGGGCUCGGGGAUCGCCCUCCUGAUCCGUGAAGCGCAUCGGGAUCCUGCAGUGUGGGGCGCGGAUGCGCACGAAUUCCGCCCAGAGCGGAUGGCAGACGGUCGAUUCGAAGAUUUACCUCCUAAUGCGUGGCAGCCGUUUGGCUACGGCGCCCGCGGGUGCAUCGGGAAGAACUUUUCGUGGCAGGAGAUGCGGCUCGUCCUCUGCACGCUGGUCCAACAGUUCGACCUCGCACUCGCCGACCCUGCGUACGAGCUGGAGCUAUCGCAGGCGAUGACGAUCAAGCCAAAGAAUCUGGCAAUUCGGGCGACGCCGAAGCUGUUGAAAGCGUGUUGUUAGGCUCGUGGAUGGACGGAGGCUAGCGCGAGGGAAAGGACGUAGGUGGACGGACAGAGCGAGUCCGUAUCGCUAGAGCGCGGACGAGUUCAUGGACCGUGGAUGGAUUAAUGGACUCCGGGCAGGUUAAGGCAUCACGGGUGGACUUGCAGGGCACGGGUUAUCUGAUAGAGCGGCAAGUGGACUGAUAGGACGUGGGAGGGCUUGGAUCGUAGGCGCGUUGACGGACCUUAGUAGGCAUCCGCGCCUACGCGUUGUCUAUAUCGAUACCCUAUGUACAUAUGCGACGUUUCCUAAUACGUGUCUGU